GUUUGGACGAUGUACACUUGAGGUCCCUUUUCAGAAUGCAAACAUGUCUGGUAUGCUUGCUAUUUUGCUCAAAAAAUUGUCUAAUUUGAGCAUGCACACUAGAUUAAAUAAUUUUGGCUCAAAUUUUACCUAAUAUGACAUACUUGCUCUUACUCCAAAAAGUAGAUGCAAGAAUUUGUUUCCUAGGGUUUUCGAAAGUUCAGGUUUUCAAAAUUGCGGGGGUUUACAAGGGAAAGGACCUCAAGUCGCAAAGGGGCGUUUCUGAGAGAAAUGGUGCAGAAUUCAGUUUUAGACGACGACAGGAAAUUCCUAACCCUAACCCUAGUGCUACCAGUGCUGCUGUUUUCUGUAUCUCUCCUAUUGUCCUACUCUUGCAACCAUACAACUACUACUUCUCCUCCUCAGACCAAUUUGACCGAGACAACUGAAGACUCAAAGACAGAGAUGGAGACUAUUACUCCUCCUACGAUUACGACUACUUCUCCUUCAACUUCUACUACUUCUUCUACAGUGGAGAUGAUAGUUGGUGGGGUGAAAAUUGAGAAGAACCCUUCUGAGUCAAAACUCGCUCAACUCGGCGUCUCAUCCUGGCCCAAGUGGGGAUGUGGUCCGAGCAAAUUUCCAUGGACAUUCAAGGCCAACGAGACAAUGUACCUGCUGGAGGGAAAAGUUAACGUCUACACCGAGGGUUAUGAUGGUUUUUUUGAAAUUGGCGCUGGUGAUUUGGUUGAAUUCCCAAAAGGAAUGAAAGUCACUUGGGAUGUCAUUGAAUCUGUUAACAAGCACUAUUACUUGGAAAAGUAACGUUAGACUCUUUAUAACUUUUCCUGCUUGAACUACUUUGGAAUUGUAGAUGUUGUUCUUGUUGCAUUUCACUUGGACCACUUCGGAGCUGUAGUUUCUCUUCUUGCCUUUUAGUACUAUCCGGCAUUUCAAUUGCUCGACUUUCAAUUUCCAGAUUCUGUAUUGUUUCCAUGUAUUGGAAAACCUCUCACAUGUAUAUGAUAGGCUACAAUGCGUUUCACUCUCGAAAACAACCAAAUCAACUGUUGUUUAACUAGAA